CAUCACUUCUACUUUUUAAGUCAACUGACAAAUGGAACAGCUCUACCAUUCGCUUCACCACCACUCAAAAAUCCACCGGCAACUCUCUCUCUCGCGUGGACUGAGGAGAGUGAAUAAGAGAAAGCACCGCCUUCAUCAUGGCGGCAACUACCACUUUUGCAUACUUCACUACCCAGUUCAUCGUAUCACCAACUUCACACCUCCACCACUCUCCGUCAUCCCUCACUUAUCCAUUUGCCACUCCCCAUACGACCAGUCUCGCGCUCUCCUCUGCCAAUUCAAUUAAACUCAGCCCCCUACAACCCACUCGUCGUAUAUCCUUUAUUACCUUCUCCAGCAACACUGACGGUGGAGAAAUUGGUGGUGAUGGCGGAAGUGGAAGCGGUUCAGGUAGUGGAGGAGGUGGGGCCGGAGGUGGAGCUGGGGGUGAUAAUGAGGGAGAUGCAGGGGAAAGAAACAAGGCAGAGGCAAUCAUGGCCCUGGUCGAGGCUGGCAGAUCAUUGGAUAGCAUUCCUAAGGACUUGGCUGCCUCCAUAGAAGCCGGGAGGAUUCCGGGUUCGAUAGUACAGCGGUAUAUCGAGCUCGAGAAGUCUGCGGUGUUCCGGUGGUUGCUCCAGUUUGGAGGGUUUAAGGAAAGGUUACUUGGAGAUGAUCUUUUCUUGACUAAAGUUGCUAUAGAGUGUGGUGUUGGGAUCUUUACAAAGACUGCUGCAGAAUUGGAAAAGCGCAGAGAAAAGUUCACCAAGGAGCUAGAUUUCGUCUUUGCUGAUGUGGUAAUGGCCAUUAUUGCAGAUUUCAUGCUUGUUUGGCUCCCUGCCCCUACCGUUUCUCUACGACCGGCUAUAGCGCCUAGUGCUGGAUUUCUCAAUAAGUUCUUCUAUGGAUGCCCUGAUAAUGCCUUUCAGGUUGCAUUGGCUGGUACAUCCUACUCAUUUUUACAGAGGAUAGGAGCCAUAGUGAGAAAUGGGGCCAAGCUAUUUGCAGUUGGAACUAGUGCAUCUCUGGUUGGCACAGGUGUAACCAAUCUUUUAAUCAAUGCACGGAAGGCUAUUGAUAAGUCUUUUGCUGGUGAAGCCGAGGAUGUACCAGUAUUAUCAACCAGCGUUGCAUACGGUGUCUACAUGGCUGUUUCGAGCAACCUUAGGUACCAAAUCCUUGCUGGAGUUAUUGAACAACGAAUUUUAGAACCCUUGCUACACAAUCAUAAGCUCAUACUUAGCGCAAUCUGUUUUGUUGUUCGCACUGGCAAUACUUUUCUGGGUUCAUUGAUGUGGGUGGAUUAUGCACGCUGGACUGGAAUCCAGAAGCCACGUGAAUAAAAACACAGAACUUUCGUAAAGAUUCAUUUUUAUUUUCUUGUGUUCUUAGUCAUUUUUACAAUAUCUAUGUCAACGAUGAAGGCAGAAGUGUUGAUAAGUAUUUGUUAAAGGAGUUGAGCUUGAAAACCUCCAUUUUUCUAUUUGUUUUCGUCUAAUUUAUUGUAUCCUGUGGCUGCUUUAAGAUAAAAGUUCUUUUCUUGCAA